AUGUUUUCGCGUGGGUGGGAGGUUGGAGGGGAGGCGUGGCAGUGGCGACGUCAGUUGAGGGCGUGGGAGGAGGAGUUGUUGGGGGAGUGUCAGGCUUUUCUACUUACCAUCUCUCUGCAGGAUCAUGUUUCAGACAGGUGGCUUUGGCGAACUGACCUGGAUGAUGGUUACACGGUUCGUGAUGCUUAUCAGCUCUUGACGAGUCAGGAUGACGUUACUCUGGAUGCUGCGUCAGGUCUUAUAUGGCACCGUCAGGUUCCUUUGAAGGUUUCCAUUUGUGCUUGGCGACUCUUGCGGGAUAGGUUACCUACCAAAGCAAACCUGGUCACUCGAGGGAUUUUAUCUACGGAGGCGCAUUUUUGUGUUUUUGGUUGCGGGGAGGUUGAGUCGGCUCAGCACUUGUUCCUCUAUUGCAGCUCUCUUGGUCCUCUUUGGUCACUGGUCAGUUCAUGGAUUGGUUCUUCUUCGGUGACUGCUCAGACUCUUCCAGAACACUUUGUUCAGUUUACGGAUUCAGCAGCCAUGAAGUUCCAGCAAGCACAAACUGACCCCUAUGAUCGCGAAUACACCAACUUGCGCUUGUUAAACCAAUACUCUCAUGGAACCCGGCAUCAACAUUACAUUUGUACCACCCUUCUGUCGGUUUCUGCCACUUAUCUGUCUGCUGCUAAAGCUGUUAAUGCGUUCCUGUCCAGAUGCUGA